AGGAUUUGUGAAGAAAAUGGGUGGAGAGAUGGAAGCUUCUCGCUGGAUAAAAAGAAGCAGCUCUGCCUACCACAGUGUGCAUUCAUCAUCCCGAUUCGAUCAUGUAUACAACAGCUCUCCUCCUCGUCGCCUUUGUCCCGCUGCUCACUUCCGCGGCGUUCGUCUGCCCCCCGAAAAAUGGUCAAUAUGCUGACCCAAUUCAAUGCGACAAGUAUUACGUCUGCCAGGAUGGAGUAGCAACCGAACAUUUGUGCGAAGAUGGUUUGGUUUUUGACCAAUUCAAGCGAUCCAGCCACAAAUGCGAUCACAUGCACAACGUCGACUGCGAGGACCGCACUGAACUCCAGCCGCCCCAGGGAAAUGCCGAGUGCCCUCGCCGGAACGGUAUCUUCGAGCAUUCGGAUCCUUCCCAAUGCCACAAGUUCGUUGACUGUAUCGACGGCCAGCCUAAGCACAACGUAUGCCCACCCGGCCUCCAUUUCAACGACGCUACUGGCGUGUGCACGUGGGAAGCCGCCGUUGGCCGAACUGGCUGCGUCCGUGAAGAAUUUUUGGAAGAUGGAUUCACCUGCCCCAAGUUGACCCCAGCUGAGGCUAUCCAGGAGCCCCAUCCCAGGUAUCCCCACCCUACCGACUGCCAGAAAUUCUACGUUUGCCUGAACGGAGUCACUCCCCGUGAGCAGAACUGCGAUCUCGGAGAGGUCUUCAACACCAACAGCAAACAGUGCGAUCUCCCCGAGAACGUCGCUGAAUGCGUCGACUGGUACCAGGAUCACCCUGCACUCACCGCCAACUCAUCCACUCCAAAGUCCAACACUCGAUCAAACAGUGGACGCGUUUAAAUAAAAACUGCAUUUAUUGUACAAUUUCUUCUUUUUCUUCAUUCAAAAAAAAAAAAAAGAAUGUUUAUUCUGUUGACCGUUUUCAUAUACGAUUCGUAAAUACAAACCUUCUUAACUAAA